AACUCUCUGGGAAAAGCAUGACUGGCAGAAGUUUCUGUCCUGCAAAACAAGCCUCCAGACUCCUGGGAUUUUCCCCUUUUUUUUCUUAAGAUGCUGUGAUAGUUUGCCAUCAUUCCUCCCCACUCCUCCUCGGUCACUUACGGGAGCAGUCUUGCUGUUCCCCUUGCAUGCUGAUCGGGUUUCCCCCUGGCUAUAAAAAGGAAACGUGGCAGAGGACCAUCAGGGCAAGGAUGGAGCAACAGCUGACAGAUACCCUUUGUGCAUUCCCAUCCCAAAGAAGAUGCUGGCCUGCUCCAUUGUAAAUUGUAAAUUUACAGUGCAAAGCAAUGGGGCCAGAACAUACCAUCUGCUAGAGCAGCCUUUCUCAACCUUUUCACCCUGGAGGAACCCUUGAAAUAUUCUUCAGGCCUCGGGGAACCCCUACACAUUCAGGCUGAAAUAGAGGCCAGUUACAAAAUUAUUCUAUUAUUUUCAUUGGUAGGCCUGUCUAUAUGCAUUAACAGGGUUCUGAAACUGAAAAUAAAGAAUGAAAUGUACCUCCGUAAUGUGAAGUUGCCUGAAUUUGAAAUAAUUUUUUAAAUAAAUCAUCUCCCAGGGGACCCCUAGUGACCUCUCACGGAACCCGUGGAUGCCACGGAACCCUGGUUGAGCGACCCUGCCCUAGAGGGCAGCAGCAAUGGAAAGUGCAACACCAGUUUCCAGAAGAGUCAGCCUGGAAUAUUCAGAUGUCAAAUCACACCGGGUGUACCUAAAGAAUACAUUUUGUGUUAUCAUUUGCACUUAAAUACAUGAUGUCCCAAAGAGCACGGCUGGUCAGCCGUUUAAUCCUUCUCUAAUAGAAGAACGAGGGAGGCCAAACCCAGAAUCGGUUCUUCAAAAUGCAGGAACCUAUAGCGAUCCCAUGGAAGCCAACGGGAUCAUUCUGGGGGAAAGAAACGGCCUCCGAGCUGGAUUCCUUCAGACUAGUCUUGCAGGAGACUAUUCACGCCUGCAAAGAUCGGAAACUAGCUCUUCCCUCUUGUAAAGUGCCCCGAAGACCCAGAAAGUACCCCUGAACUGAAGUGAAGUGAAUUGAGCCGAACUGUCCUCGGGGGCGGGCGGGGGAAACCCGGCCCGUGUAAUGCAUCAUCCAUUUCCGAGUAAACUUCAGGAAAGGGUGCAAAAGAGUCCGGCCGGCCGGGUCUCCUCGGAAGGAAGGAAGCCCCCUCGUCUGGACUCAGUCGGAAGCGUGAAAUGUGAUCUCCGAGAGCGGCCGGAGAGGCGGGGAUUCCUUCGCGGCUCAAACGCGGCGCCAGACCCCGGAAGAGAGCGCGCGCGCCCGGCCGCCCGGCCGCCUUCCUUCUGCUUCGGGUCUCUCCGCUUUCGCCGCUGCUCCCUUCGGCGCCUUUCCCUUCCCCACCGCCGCGCAAUCAGCCCCGCCAGCGGGCAGCGCAGCAACGGCGUCGGCGAAGAUGCGCAAGCAGCCGCCGGGCCAGCACGAACAUCUCUACAAGCUGCUGGUGAUCGGCGACCUGGGCGUGGGCAAGACCAGCAUUAUCAAGCGCUACGUCCACCACAAUUUCUCCCCGCACUACCGGGCCACCAUCGGCGUGGACUUCGCCCUCAAGGUGCUCAGCUGGGACUCCGAAACGGUGGUGCGGCUCCAGCUGUGGGAUAUCGCCGGUCAAGAAAGGUUUGGGAACAUGACCCGGGUCUACUACCGAGAAGCUGUGGGAGCUUUUAUCGUCUUUGAUGUUACGAGGCCAGCCACUUUUGAAGCAGUAACCAAAUGGAAGGAGGAUUUGGACACUAAACUGACUCUUCCUAAUGGCAAGCUGGUGCCAACUGUCCUGUUAGCAAACAAAUGCGAUCAAGGCCAAGAGUUACUGGUGAAUAAUGGCCUCAAGAUGGAGCAGUUCUGCGAGGACAAUGGCUUUGUGGGGUGGUUCGAGACAUCAGCUAAGGAAAACAAAAACAUUGAUGAAGCUGCUCGGUGCUUGGUGAAACACAUAAUCGCUGGUGGGAGUGAACCAGUGCAGCCUAUCAAGCCAGAUGUCAUUAAGCCACACCUGAAUUCCUCCAAACCCAUUCGCUGUUCAGCUUGCUUCAGAUCCUAAGCAAUUCCCAAGCUGUUUGUGGACACUGGAACUGAGCAAAUAGUAACUCAUGAAUAACUCAUGAAGCAGGAUCUCUCCAAUGCAAGGCAGCUGGGCUUGCAUUGCUCUUGAGCAAACAGAAAACAAAACGGAAACAAGAUUAGAAAAUGUGUAUCCUUCCUCACACAUAUGGCCGGGAAGGGAAAAAAAAACCCUAAAUAUGUAAAACAAAUAUUGUUAUUAUUCUUUGGAUACUUUGUAGAGAGUCUUCUGCAGAUAGGAGAUAUUAUCUGGGCAAUUUAGGUUAAUUAUACUUGCUCAGCCAAAGUGCUUUCUUUUGGAAGACCAAGAUGUCCAAGCAUAUUGUUUGUCACUUUUCUUGUGUGAAUUACUCUCUUGAAGAAGGCUACAUUUUGGUUCCUGGAGAUUUUCUCCUCAUGCAUCCCAAGCACAUAGCUGCAUGCAAAAGUGUAGGCACCUUGUUUAAUGGUGUGUUUCCCUGAAUCCCUAAGUGAACAGAAGCUGACAUAACUACGACAUGGUACAAAGUUAAACCUGACAUCUUUCUGCAAAUCUGAAUACAUACUUACUCUGUAUGUGCAGUUUUUCACAGAUUUAGAACAAGAAAAUAGUGAAUACAGAAGUUUGGACAUCCUUUCAGUCAAUACUUGAUCAUAACUCUUUCACAGAAAUGACAGCCUCCAAAGAUUUCCUGUAGCCAAUUUAGAGUCAUUUUAGCCUUGCUUUUGAAAUGCUUUCCCAUUUGUCCUUGCAGAACUCUUUUAGGUCAAAAAUAUCCGUAGGUCUCCUUGAAUGCACAUUAUGUUUGAGAUCUGUUCACAGAUUUCAAGAACAUUCAAGUAAGGGAACUGUGAAGGCCAUUGAAAACGUUCUUCUGUCUUUUCUGUAAUUACCUCAUGUUUGAUUUUAAGGUAUGUUUCAGAUCAUUGUCUUGCUAAAGUAUCCAACCAUUUUUUUUUCAUUUUCAUUUUGGUUCAGUGACUGUGGGACAUUAGCUUCUAGGAUAGAUUGAUACUGAGUUGAAUCCCUUCUUUACAUUUGCACAGCAUUUCCUGUGCCGUAUAACCCCAGAGCAUACUAGGACCACUUCCAUGCCUAACGGUUGGCAAGAUGUUCUUCUAUUUAAAUACUUCACCCUUUUUCCAACUGUAUUGCAUGGUUGUAACCAUUCAACUUCCAUUUCAUCAGUUCAUUCCAAAAGUUUCAGACUUUAUCAAGGUUUUAUUCUGAUACUUCAGACAAUAUCUUUUGUGAUGAGCUUGGAGAAAAUGUUUCUUUUGACAAUUCUCCUAUAUAAAUAAUUGCUGUAGAAACAAUGCUGUACUGUGGACCUGUCAAUAACUAUUUCAGUGUCAGCUAAACUUUUCAGCAGAUCCUUUGCAGUGGUCUAGGGAUCCUGUUUUACAAAUCUGAUCAGUUUGGGUGGAGCUGUAGCAGAGAUUUUUCUUGGUGUUCCAGAUCUUGCCUUGAUUUCAACAGUUCUUUUAACUUCCAUUUCCUAAUAGUGUUUCUUACAGUUGUUGGCUGGAAGCAUUUAGAGAUUUUUUAAUAGCUUUUCCAUGCUGUAAGAAUGAAUUAUAUUCAUUUUCAGAUGCUGAGACAGCUGCUUAGAAAAGCCUAUGACUGCUGAAAGUAGAUAGAACAAUAUUCAAACUCUGAAAAGUCAGAAGGUUCAGUAUUUCUUCACCUGUGGAAUUGUCUUCACCUGGCUAAUUGUAGGCUUAUUAAGUCUUUGGGGGCCUUAUUAGCAACUUUAGAAUUUUUAGAAAGUACUGACAUAACUAGAAGGAUGUCCAAAUCCCUUUGUUGUUGUUGUUUAUUCGUUUAGUCGCUUCCGACUCUUCGUGACUUCAUGGACCAGCCCACGCCAGAGCUUCCUGUCGGUCGUCAACACCCCCAGCUCUCCCAGGGACGGGUCCGUCACCUCUAGAAUAUCAUCCAUCCAUCUUGCCCUUGGUCGGCUCCUCUUCCUUUUGUCCUCCACUCUCCCUAGCAUCAGCAUCUUCUCCAGGGUGUCCUGUCUUCUCAUUAUGUGGCCAAAGUAUUUCAGUUUUGCCUUGAAUAUUAUUCCCUCAAGUGAGCAGUCUGGCUUUAUUUCCUGGAGGAUGGACUGGUUUGAUCUUCUUGCAGUCCAAGGCACUCUCAGAAUUUUCCUCCAACACCACAGUUCAAAAGCAUCGAUCUUCCUUCGCUCAGCCUUCCUUAUGGUCCAGCUCUCGCAGCCAUAUGUUACUACGGGGAACACCAUUGCUUUAACUAUGCGGGCCUUUGUUGUCAGUGUGAUGUCUCUGCUCUUAACUAUUUUAUCGAGAUUUGUCAUUUGCUCUUCUUCCAAGGAUUAAGCGUCUUCUGAUUUCCUGACUGCAGUCAGCAUCUGCAGUAAUCUUUGCA